CCAAGCACGUGAUCCUGGGGGAUCCGCGCCGACAAAAGAACCGCCGGAAGAACAGGUGGAAUAAGUGAGAUUGCCGUGAGAAGGGAGCGCAAGAAGCUGCGCGGUUUCGUUGCUCGCUCUUUGUCAUUGAAGUUUCUAGCUUGCUUGCCGAUUAGACCUUGUUUUCUCGCCCCCAAUUUUUUCGACUGGGGCUUGUCAAGUCUUUGUCGUGUGCAUUCUAGCGUCUUGCGAUCCGUGCUGUUGCCCCUGUGGUGGCAUCAUUGCAAAUUACCAACGAAUCUCUUGCUCUGUACGCCCACACUUCGCGAGAUUUAAGAGCUUGCAUUACACUUUUACAUUUAAGCUCUCCUGUUGUCCUCGACAGCAGCGUUCGAUCAGCGAACCCGACCUACCCUGACCUUACAUCUCGGUGAAUUGCCCCCGAGGCUUAUUGCUUAUAUUUUGCGCGCAUUCCCGGCACAGUCAAUUGCUCUACUUGCGAGACAUUACAUUCAUUGAGUCGAACAUUUUUUUCGCAAAAUCAAUAUGGCUACUCCCGCCGCGUUACCGCCACUACCAUUUAACCCGGCGAGGGUGCGGUCGUAUCUUCUUCGUUUGCCUCUCUUUACACGACUUGUGGUGCUGGCAAUUAUCGUCUUUUGGCUUCUUGAGUUCCAAACAGUAUGGAGCGUGGUGCAAUGGGGUUCGUUGGCGCCGGAUGAAAUUGGUCUCGGUAGCAUGUACCGGCUCAACACCUAUCCAUUCAUCCACAAUGGCUUCUUCCAUGCCUUUUUGAACCUGGUGGCGCUUACACCAUUGGUCGAGCGGUUUGAAGCCGAGCAUGGCACGUUGACUGCUGUGGCUUUGUUUUUUGGGCCUCUUUCUACGUUCCCUGCAGGCCUCUACCUUCUGAUCGAGAAAUUCCUUUUGCAUAGAAACACCGCGGUUGUUGGCGCAAGCGUUUGGGUAUUCCUCCUAUUGGGUACCGAAGCUAUCAAGACCUUUAAGUCUCACCCGUACUUCAGUCUUGGGAAUUACAAGAUUCCUACCUGGACAUCGCCCUUGUUUGCGUGCAUAGUUGUGUCGAUCCUUAUGUCUAAUACAAGCUGCCUUGGCCAUCUGUGUGCUAUCCUCGUUGGCUAUGUGUUCGGCCUCGGGUACCUGAAGGUGUUCGUUCCUCCGGAGAAGAUUUUGAGAUGGAUUGAAGGGAAACUGAAUCUGCUGGGCCGCCUACCACACUAUAUCUCUGUCGACCAAAAGACGUAUGGUCGAUAUGGUGUGCUCCCCACGACGAAUACGAUGGGCGAGAGAGGGACUCCUAUGAGCUAUUUGGGAUCGUCGCAGCGCCUGGGUCCUUGAGCCCAUUGGCAGUUAACACCGUGUCGGACAUCUAUAUUACAAUUCUUGUGCAUAUUUAAGUAUUAUAGUAAUCAUGUGUUAUAGUGGUAUUGUGGUGGAGGAUUCUUAUUUUUUGGCUCAUAAAAUACAUUAGCGUUGUUUUUUGACAUGACGUUGAGCGAGUUGUGCAGAUGGUCUUUAGCGGCCGACGUAAAUAAACUGAGGUGCUGCGGAGUUGGC